GGGAGCGAGCGAGGCGGCGGCGGCGCCUCAGAGCCGAGGGGACGCGCGGGCCUCGAGCCGCGGGAGCAGACGGCUGCGGGGAGACCCUGGGCUCGCGGCCCGAGGCGAGAGAGCUCGGUCUGUCGACUGCCCGCUUCAGGGGCCGCCGCCGCGUCCCUCGCCCGGAGUGGCCGCCGCCCCAGGAGACUCGCCGUGACACGGGCCUAAGCCGCGGCGGCUGCGGACGUCCGGACCGCUCAGACCCGUCGGGCCGGGCCGGGUGGGGACUAGCGUCCGGGCAGGUGCCGCCCUCUGAGGGCCGGCCGGGCGCCCGGCGCCCACCGGCGCGGCCCGUGGCCCGGGCUCAGCCGAGCGGCAGCCCGUUGCAACCCGCAACCGCAACCCCCCCCCCCCCCACCCCCCCCCCCCCCCAGGGCCGGAGCCCGAGUCGCGCCCCGCCCUCCCCGGGCACGGCCCGGCUGGAGCGGCGGGAGCCGGGAAAGCCCGCGCCCGCCGUCGCCGCCCGCCCGCCGGGCUCGCGCGGAGAAGAGGGAGGAGAAACUUUGCCUUUUAUUGUUGCUUUUAGUCCUUAACUGCAAGGAACUCUGCCGGGAGGAAACAUGUCCUUCUUCAAUUUCCGUAAGAUCUUCAAGUUGGGGAUUGAGAAGAAGAAGAAGCAAUACGAACAUGUGAAGAGGGAUCUGAACCCCGAGGAGUUUUGGGAAAUUAUAGGAGAAUUGGGAGACGGAGCCUUUGGGAAAGUGUACAAGGCCCAGAAUAAAGAGACCAAUGUUUUAGCUGCUGCAAAGGUGAUUGACACGAAAUCUGAAGAAGAACUUGAAGAUUACAUGGUUGAGAUUGAUAUAUUAGCGUCUUGUGAUCACCCAAAUAUAGUCAAACUUCUGGAUGCCUUCUAUUAUGAGAACAAUCUUUGGAUCCUCAUUGAAUUUUGUGCAGGUGGAGCAGUGGAUGCCGUGAUGCUUGAACUCGAGAGACCAUUAACUGAGUCCCAAAUACAAGUAGUUUGUAAACAGACUCUAGAGGCCUUGAACUACUUGCAUGAUAAUAAAAUAAUCCACAGAGAUCUAAAGGCUGGCAACAUUCUUUUUACCUUAGAUGGAGAUAUUAAGUUGGCGGAUUUCGGAGUAUCAGCUAAAAACACAAGGACAAUCCAAAGAAGAGAUUCCUUUAUUGGCACACCAUAUUGGAUGGCUCCUGAAGUAGUCAUGUGUGAAACAUCUAAGGACAGACCCUAUGACUACAAAGCUGAUGUUUGGUCCCUGGGUAUCACUUUAAUAGAAAUGGCUGAGAUAGAACCACCUCAUCAUGAAUUAAAUCCAAUGCGAGUGCUGCUAAAAAUAGCAAAAUCAGAGCCCCCUACAUUAGCACAACCAUCAAAAUGGUCUUCAAAUUUUAAGGACUUUCUAAAGAAAUGCUUGGAAAAGAAUGUGGAUUCCAGGUGGACUACAUCUCAGCUACUGCAGCAUCCCUUUGUUACCGUUGAUUCCAACAAACCAAUUCGAGAGCUGAUUGCAGAGGCAAAGGCUGAAGUAACAGAAGAAGUUGAAGAUGGCAAAGAGGAAGAUGAUGAUGAAGAAACAGAAAAUUCUUUGCCAAUACCUGCAAGUAAGCGUGCCUCAUCUGACCUCAGUAUUGCCAGCUCUGAAGAAGAUAAACUUUCACAAAAUGCUUGUAUUUUGGAAUCUGUCUCAGAAAAAACAGAACGUAAUGCUUCUGAAGAUAAAUUUAACGGCAAAGUUCUUAAUGAAAAACUCACCACUGAUGAACCUGAAAAAGCUGCAGAGGGUAUUAAUGAACAUAUUAAUGAUGUUCAGUUAGAAGCUGUGGCUGAACUUCAUAAUAGAACGACAGUAAUUGAGGAAAAUGGGAGAGAGGAGAAGAGACCCAAGCUUGAAAAUUUGCCUGACACAGAAGACCAAGAAACAGUGGACAUUAAUUCAGUCAAUGAAGGGAAAGAGAAUAACAUAAUGAUAACUUUAGAAACAGAUAACGAACAGAUUCUGAAACCUGCGGAAGAAAGGGAUCAGGAAAAGAAACAGAUAUUUGAAAAUAAGAUUAUGAAAUCUGAAGAAAUUAAAGACACUAUUCAAACAAUGGAUUUAGUUUCUCAAGAGACUGGAGAAAAAGAGGCAGACAUUCAGCCAGUUGAAAAUGAAGUUGCGCUUACAAAGGAAGUCACCCAAGAGAAAUUGGGAAAAGAUGAUAAAAUUCUAGAAGAUGUGAUCAGUGAUACAGGCCAUUUGAUAGGAACAAAUGAGGCAGGAGAUGUUGCUCAGAAGGCAGUUGAAAACAAUGCUGAGGAUGCUCAGAGUAAUGAUGGGAAAGAAGUGGUUGAAGUAGACCAGGAAUUAGUAAGUAAGCCCACAGAGGGUCCUAAGGCUGGUGGUACUGAGGAAGUUCCUAUUAAAGACAUAGUAGAAACUAAUGAGAUAGAUCAGAAAUCCGUGGAAGGUAAAGAUGAGGAACAAUUAAUCAACAGUUUGGAGAACAUAGUGAAGACCAAUGAGGAAUCUGGGACAAACGAAGGUGAGGAAAUUACUGAGUCCAGUAGCACUGAAGAAAGAGAGGUCAGACGUGUAGUAACUCAUACUGACCAGGAGGCUUUAGGAAGUGAAACUCAGAAUGCUCAAGAAGCCACUGCUCAGAUAGAUACAGAGCAAAAAGCAAUUCCAUGUGAAGUGCCAAUUAAAACAGAACCUCAAGUGACUCCUUCUUCACAGCCCAGUGAACCUCAGCCUGUCCCAGUACCCAGUAUUAAUAUCAACUCUGAAGAUGCAGAAAAUAAAGGGGAAAUAGGUGUUUUAUCAAAAAUUGAAACCAUGCUGCUUCCAGAAUCCGAGAAUCAAAAGGAAAAUGAUACUGAUUCAGGCACUAGUUCCACUGCUGAUAAUAGCAGCAUUGACUUGAAUUUAUCCAUCUCUAGCUUCCUAAGCAAAACUAAAGAUAGUGGAUCAAUAUCUUUACAAGAAACAAGAAGACAAAAGAAGACAUUGAAGAAAACACGCAAAUUUGUUGUUGAUGGUGUAGAAGUGAGUGUAACAACGUCAAAGAUAGUUACAGAUAGUGAUUCCAAAACUGAAGAGUUGAGGUUUCUUAGACGUCAGGAGCUUCGGGAGUUAAGAUUCCUUCAAAAAGAAGAGCAGAGAGCUCAACAGCAGCUCAAUAGCAAGCUGCAACAACAGCGAGAACAAAUUUUCCGGCGCUUUGAGCAAGAAAUGAUGAGCAAAAAGCGACAAUAUGAUCAAGAAAUUGAGAAUCUAGAAAAACAGCAGAAACAGACUAUUGAACGUCUAGAACAAGAACACACAAAUCGCUUACGAGAUGAAGCCAAACGCAUUAAAGGAGAACAAGAGAAAGAGUUGUCCAAAUUCCAGAAUAUGUUAAAGAACCGGAAGAAGGAGGUUAUAAAUGAAGUGGAGAAAGCACCCAAAGAGCUGAGAAAAGAGCUCAUGAAACGCAGGAAAGAGGAGAUUGCACAAAGCCAGCAUGCUCAGGAACAGGAAUUUGUUCAGAAGCAACAACAAGAAUUAGAUGGCUCUCUGAAAAAGAUCAUCCAACAGCAGAAGGCAGAGCUAGCCAAUAUUGAAAGAGAGUGCCUGAAUAACAAACAGCAACUCAUGAGAGCUCGAGAAGCUGCAAUUUGGGAGCUUGAAGAACGACACUUACAAGAAAAACACCAGCUGCUAAAACAGCAACUUAAAGAUCAGUAUUUCAUGCAAAGACAUCAGCUACUUAAGCGUCAUGAGAAGGAAACAGAACAAAUGCAGCGUUACAAUCAACGACUUAUUGAGGAAUUAAAAAACAGACAAACUCAAGAAAGAGCAAGACUGCCUAAGAUUCAGCGCAGUGAAGCCAAGACUCGAAUGGCCAUGUUUAAGAAAAGCUUGAGAAUUAACUCAACGGCCACACCAGAUCAGGACCGUGACAAAAUUAAACAGUUUGCUGCUCAAGAAGAAAAGAGGCAGAAAAAUGAGAGAAUGGCUCAGCAUCAGAAACACGAAAAUCAAAUGCGGGAUCUUCAGUUGCAAUGUGAAGCCAACGUCCGCGAGUUGCAUCAGCUGCAGAAUGAAAAAUGCCACCUGUUGGUUGAGCAUGAGACUCAGAAACUGAAGGAGUUAGAUGAGGAACACAGCCAAGAAUUAAAGGAAUGGAGAGAGAAAUUGAGACCCAGAAAAAAGACACUGGAAGAAGAGUUUGCCAGGAAACUGCAGGAACAGGAGGUGUUCUUUAAAAUGACUGGGGAGUCUGAAUGCCUUAACCCAUCAACACAGAGCCGGAUUUCCAAGUUCUACCCUAUUCCUAGCUUGCAUUCCACUGGGUCAUGACAAUAGGAAACAUUUCUGUGAUUGGGUUUGGCUUUUUAAAUAUGUCAUUCUGUUCUCUUCAUCUUCUGCCACAAUCUAUAUCAGAGAGCUUAUGAAGACAAUCACCUGCCUCACCUUCUAGGUGUUUUGUUUGUUUAUUUUGUUUGUUUGUUUAGCAAAGAUGAAGGGAAAGGAACCAAGACAGAUGCUGGGCCAUGUUGGCAAAGUGGCAUCUUGCAGUAAUUCCCUAAGGUGAUUUUGUAUAUUAAUCUUAAAAAUUGUGUUCUUUAGAUACUGUUACCUGAAAAACUGUUAGUAUGAUGUUUGAAGUUAUUAUUUUUUUUUUUUAAAAGCUGUUAGGCCAUUGAGUAUUAGUGAAUAUCUUUUUACCUGGCCUAACUUCUCAAUGAUGCCUAAAUUCUAUAGCUGCAACUCUGCUGUAGAGAGUUGGAAUAAUUUCCCUUUGGUGAAUCAGCUCUCAAGACAAAGCUAUGAGUUGCUCAAAAUACCAUAUUGAUUGAAUAAAUAAAUCUAUUUUGUCUUUAAAUAGCAACAGACUUUUGAAAAAGAAACAUUAUUGAAAUAAUUUGUCUAAUUACCUGUUUAGUCAUGAGCUAAUAAUUAAGGGUGCUAAUUUUAUUAAAAUAGUGCCUAAAACACUAAAUUUCAAUUGAGUCUAAAGUAGGAUUUCCUUUUUUGAUUCAACAGGGACAAACGUCCUUAGCAUUAAGCAUUAUUGUGUUUUAAAUCUUGCUUCUAUUACCAUUUGAUAGAAAUUUUCAUCCUAAAAUAUAUGUUGUACAAAGUUGGAAAGAUUUAAAAAAUGGUAGUUUUUAGAUAUUGAAAUUGGAAAUAUAACACUCACCAAGCUAAAAGAAGUACAGACUUAGGGUCCUAGCUUAUUGCCUAAAAUAAUCCGUGAUCUGGUUAAGUGACCUCUCCCAUCCUAGCACAUUUUGUUCAUUGAAAACUCUGCCUGAGGCCUGCAGGCUCUGUUAUACUUAUAAAUGUAUUUUCUGACAUUAAUCUUAAAAGAGGCAUUUGUUCAGAAUACUUUUUAAAAAAGCAUUCAAAUAAAAUAUUUAGGCAAUGUCAGAAAUGACUUUGUUGUUGUUGAAAGUCAUUUGUAUUUUGGUUUUAUUUAGUCCCAUGUUUAAAUUAUUUACUUUGAGUGGGAAAAGCCUGAAACCUUUAUCAUGUGGUUGCUGAUACGUGUAAUUAUUAAUGAAAUGUUCACUCUUGGUCCCUCUUGUGACUCGGAAUUCCAAGUUCUAGUCAGGUCAAAUAGUAUUAUGUAAUGUACUCUGGUGGCUGAGUAGAUGGCCCAUUUGUAAAUGAUGCUUUGCUGUUUGCCAUUUUCAACCUAUUCUCUUUUAAGAGUACUAAAUACCAAAUUGUAGACGUUUCAGUUUUUAGUUAUUUGACAUUUGAGGCUGGUGAAAAACUUGUGUAAUUUUGUGGGAACACUGAUUCAUAUUAAGAAAAUGUAAAUAUCUGUAGUACUUUCUUGAAGUUAAUUUGAAAAUUUUGAAUGCGAACCUUAUUUUGUCAGUGAUUUAGAUGAUUUGAAAAUGCAUGUGAUUUUCAUUUUGUAAUUGAUUUGACAAGCAUAAUUUCUUGGACAACUCUGUAGGUAGCCUUAACUUCUGGCCAAGUUUGUUUUUUAUAUACAUAUAUAUACAUAUACAUAUAUAUAUAUAUAUAAAAUAUAUGGUUGUAAAUUCAUACACUUAUCACAUUGAAUGUGUUACUGUAUACAAAACUCUUUUAAUGCUUUAUUCUCAAAUGCUGGGUUGAAAUGUUUUGAAAGCCUUUUAAAGUAUAUAUCUUUAUAAAGUAAUAUUCAGGAUGAUGAUGGAAAUUGUUUAUAUUGUUAUAAAAAUGACAGUAUAAUGUUA